CCUUAAUAAUUAUCAUUAUCCAAUAUUUAUUUCCAGUGCUGGCCAUCAAAUUUCAUGGAAAAUAACAAUCAUGAGACAGUGGAGGAGCCACAGACAGCAACAUGCAGCAUGCUGCUCUGCCAGAUUAGGGCUUCAGACCGGCCAUCCAGGGCCAGACACUUCACGUGAUGCGGGAGCCUUUACCAUUUCCAGCGCGUCACCGUCAUCAACGCUCCUCUUGAUCCUCCUCGACCCUUGCGGUGCUCCCUCUGUUGCUGUUUGAACCGUGAGCAAGCAGUGACAGUAGAGCCAGUAUGCGUUGUCUGACAAAUUCCGGGGCGCGAUUCGCCCAUGACUGCUGAGAGCGAUGACGCCGGCUAACCCGCAAGGUCCCCAGUGCAGCCCAUCAGUGCUUUUCUGCUGCAACCCUGGCUCGAGGGGUCCCCAAGGCGUGCAACUCGCUGGCGUCGAGGCUCUCCCUCUCUCCUUUUUCUGUCUCUCUCUCAGUUUUCUCUCGAGUCUUUUACCCUCCGUCAGCUCCAAAGGUCCUCACUGCCCCUCGUCCGAUCACCUGUCUAUUGUGCGCUCUCUUUUGCCUGUUCUCUCGGCUAUCUCCCUGACCAGGAUAUCCAGCUUUCAAUUUUCCCCACGCUCUCUCUCUCCCUUUUCUCCUUUACAGGUCUCUCAACUGUGGUUUCCUCUUGUUUCGAGUUUCAAUUUGAUACUGCCUCUUUAACGAAGACGAACGAUCGUCAGUCCCGUUCCUCUGCCACCUGCCGCUAUCUACCCUCCAAGUCAUCGGUCUGGCUUCAUCCUAUGUCCGCUCAGUCGAAAGACGACGAUUUUUGCCUAGAAUGCCACUGGGAGUCAUUCCACCUGGAUGGUGGGAACUUGGGAGAUUCGUCGGAUAAUACCAACAAGCAACCCCAGUGGCCGUGUUCAGGCGACGAGCACCACACCUCGUUAUUUGCGCAGUGCGAUAUAGACGAGGCAUGUUGCGACGUUGAUGACUGCUCGUUCAAUUGUUCCUCCGUCUGCGAUGGCUUUGUUGACUGCGAUGAGUCGACCAUCUGCUCUGUGCAGCUCUGCGAGAACAAGGAUUGCGAAAACACCGGCCCUGCCUGCUUCGAUAACCACUGUUUCGGCAGCGAUCCUAGCGUUGGUUGCGGUCUUGGGUCCUUGUUAGGGCUGCAGACUCCGAUUACCUUGCCAAGCAACAGCUUACUGCCGACCGCGGUAGCUGACCAUGACCAGACCGGCCAAUCAGGGAAGGUUUCGGCUAGAGAGCAUACUGCUUCUGGCGCAGUUGAUCUUCAUUCUCCUAAUGGCUCCUUCAUGCCAUGUUCGACAUCGGCAACUCAAUGCGCGCAUCACAAUUUCUCUCACCAUGGGUGCCAUGGCUUGACCAACUUCCCGACCCAGAAUCAUGUUAAGCUAGAAGAUGCCUUCCAAAUGCUGGGGCCAUGCCCAGACCUCUCCAACUGUCAUGGUUUUCAUGAGCAAGGGGGCAGCCAACAUGAGGAACAUCUGGGCAGGUCCAACGGAAACCCCUGUGCACUUCCUCCUGCUUGCUUUCAUCAUUCCGGAAAUUAUCACUUGACUAAUAUGAUCAAGAAUCGUAUCAACUCGGUGCCCGGUAACCAAAACAGUGCACUUCUGAGAGGAGCCUGCCGUUCACAUCACCACUGCCACCACCAUUCCCACUUGCAUUCACAUCCAUAUUCUCCAUUCUCUCGCCAAUCACGGUCGAGUGUGAGCUCUCACUUUCUCUCUAGUCCUGGCGAGACUCCUCCGCCGUUAGAAGGUGGAAGCUCCUCAUUGUUGACGAGCCCGGAGUUUCCCCCGGAGAAAUUUGAGCCGCACGUCUGCAAAUGGACCACGAUGCUCCAGGGAGUCAAAAGGACCUGUGGGGCGGUGUUCUCAGACGAGGGCUCUCUUCAAGAACAUCUCGUUUCCAAGCACAUGACGGCAAUUGACGGGGCUAAGGGCCACGGGUAUUACUGCUGCUGGGAGGACUGCCAUCGUCCAGAUGACCCGUUCUCACAAAAGUCGAAGCUUCAGGGACACUUCUUGACCCAUAGCAAUUAUAAAAAUUUUAAAUGCUAUAUCUGUGGGAAACAGUUCGCUAGACAGGCGACGCUGGAUAGACAUGCACGGAGUCAUCGAGGAGAAAAGCCGUACAAGUGCCAGGUUUGCGGGAAAGCAUUCACUGACAGCAGCGAGCUAAAAACGCAUACUCGGACUCAUACUGGCGAGAAGCCAUUCAAGUGCAAUUAUCCGGGGUGCAAUUUCGAAACAGGCGAUUCGUCCAACAUGUCCAGUCACAAAUUGACACACGGGGAACGAAAACACAAAUGUACAUUCCCGGGAUGUGACAAGAGUUUUACUCGACCCGAUCAAUUAAAACGCCACAUGAAGACGACACACAAGUUGGCCAGUACACCAUUUCCCUCACCUCUUCCCGAUCAAUUCACACUAUCCCCUUUUACCGGCAUAUCGUAAUACCCGGAGAUGCGUUCUCCUGGUUUGGUUCUCUUUCAAAUACAACGGAAUGUAUGAUACAAUAGUAUACGACACGGACAUUGGAAAGACAACACGGAGCCAGGCGUCAACGGUCAAGACAUAUAUAAUCGACGAAUAUCUAUGGUGCUGCUGUAAUGAAUCUUUUGACAACGGCGUUCAGUGGAGGGCACAAAAGCAACAACCCAAAUGUGACGUGAUAUGACGUGUCUGUGUAGACAUCUGUACAGUAUGACUUGAAGAUAUAAGGUGUUAUGGAGUACUGGGAUAAAAUUUCAUUACUAAGUAACUCCCUCUCCUCCAAAGCCUCAACAGCAGCCUCCA